AUGGAUAAUUAUGUAAAUAAUAGUUGUCAAAAUGAUCAUAUAUUGAAAGAUAACAAAAAUAAUAAUUCAGUAUCGAAUUUUUCUACAGGAGAAUCAACAAUAGAUGGAAUAAAUACAUCAAUGAAAAAUUCAAUAAUAUCUAAUUCAAAUAAAAAUAUAAGAGCAUAUGAAGAUAUACCAAACUCAGUACCAAAUGAUAAAUAUUCAAGCAUUAAUUCAAAUUCAUUGAAUACAAUAAUGAAUAGUGGUAAUAUGAGAGAUUUAUCUAUGUACGGUGAUGUUAUUGAUUCUGAAAAUUCUAACAUAAAAAAUAUGACACCUAAUUAUAUGAAUCAAGUUAAUAAGAACAUUUCAUGUUCGCCUUAUUUAAAUAACUCUAAUAAUCUUAAUAUACCAAAAAAUAAUAAUUUUAAUUCCAAUUCUAAUAGCAAUACAACUAUUAGUAUAACAAAUAGUUUAUUAAAUAAUGAACAAAAUAUGCAGAUGAGACAACACUUAGGGAUGAAUAAGAAUUGUGGUGCAUUGCAUGAUUCUUAUCAAAAAUCUCUUUUAUCAUCAUAUGGAAUAAGUAAUGUUCCAUUAUCAUCAAUAAAUUCACUUAUGAAUAAUUCAAUGAAUAGAUAUAACACUAUGAAUUAUCCGUUACAAGAAAUUAAUCAAAAUGCACAUAUAAAUAAUGUUAAAUCAUCCAUGCAGAAUAACGAUAUAAAGCAAAAUAAUAAAGAUCAAAACUUUAUAUCACAAAAUAAUUUAAAACAAGGUAAUUUUAUGAGUAACAAUAUGUGCAUGAAUUAUCAAAGAAAUGACAUGGCAUUACGAAAUAAUUCUGCCCCAUUUAAUGUGCACGGAAAUUUCUAUCCGUAUGUCAAUAAUGGGUUUUAUGGUUCAUCAAAUUGCUUUAAAUCAAAUACAAAUAUAAUUAACAAUGCAUCACUAAAUAAUAAUAAUUCUAUUAAUAAUACAUCGUCUUAUGAAAAUGUUACAAGAACAAAUAAUAAUAGUAACAACAGUUUUACUAAUAAUUUAAACACAACAAAUUAUGGAGAAACAAAUUGUAACACUAUGAAUAUUUUAAAUAAAGGAGGAAAUAUAGAAAAAUCAGUUCAAAUGAAGUCUUUACCUAACAGUAUGAGUUCAAAUAAUGUAAACACUAAUAAUAGAAAUUCGAGCAAUAUGAAUAAUAGCAAUACUAUUAAUUCUAAUAAUAGUAAUUUGAAUACAAAGAAUAUAAAUACAAAUAAUAUUAAUAAAAACAACGUUGAUCCAUCAAAUAUUCCUAAUAAUGUUAUUAUGAAUAUGGUUAAUAACAAUAUUAUUUUAAAUAAUAAAAUGAUUAAUAAUAUGAUGAUAAAUAAUAAUAAAAAUAUGAACAACUUUAUUCCUAAUAAUAAUGUGAAUAUUAAAGCAAUGAAUGUUUGUAACAUUCCACCAUAUAUGAUAAAUAAUUCAUUAGAUAAACAGAAUACUUUAACAGAUGUAAAUAAUAUGAGAUAUCAAAUGAAUAUUUAUAAUAAAAUUCCAUAUAAUAACAUGAAUGAUUAUCAAUUUGAUAACUCUUCCAUGAAUAUUCAUUCAAAAAAUGAUAACAUUAUAAAGGAAAAAAACACAAAAGAAGAAAAAUUAGAAAAUGAAAAUGGUUCCACAUUAAGUGAAACUAAUAAUUCAUUAUCUUCUAAAUCAAAAAAAAAUAAAGGAGAAAACUAUGCUUCCAAUGGAGUGAUAAAUAAUGACUCAAUUUCAUAUAAGAAAUAUAAAUGUAAUGAUGUAGAAGGAAAUAAUCCUACAAAAGAUAUAAAAAGUGAAAUAAAGGAUACAAAUAUAAAUAAAAAUGAAAAUAUUAGUAAUAUAAAUACUACUAAUCCUUACACUUUAUUUCCAAAUUAUAAUGUAAAAUAUCCAGUGAAUGUUGAUAUGUUUAAUAAUAUUAAUUCUUUUAAUAUGCCUAAUAAAAAUAAUAUUAAUAAUAACUUUCAAAAUCUAAAUAUCAUUAAUAAUAUAAAUGAUAUUAAUACUUUUAAUAAUAUGAACAAAUUAACAAACAUAAAUAACUAUAAUAUUAUAAAUACAUAUAAUGACAACAGAUUUAAUGCUUUAAAAACAAUGGAUAAUAUGAAAACCUAUAACGAUUCUAUUAUAAAUAGUAAUCAUAAUAGUAGUAAUUUAAGUAAUAUUAUAAAUAUAAAUAAUAUAAAUAAUUUUAAUAAUAUGAAUUAUAUAAAUAACAGAAAUUAUACCAAUGAUAUUAAUAUGAGAAUAUUAAAUAGAAAUAUGCAUGCUAAUAUGAAUAACAAUAAUAAUAAUGAGCAUUUCUCGAAUGUAAAUGAAUUAAAAAAUAAUAAUAAUAAAUAUAUAAAGAAAACUUCGUUAAUAAAACAAGCAUCUAAAUCUAAAAAAUCUUUAACCCAGAAGAAAAAAAAAAGAAAUGUAACAAAUUCUUAUGAUAGUGAUGAUGAUGAUGAUAAUGAUUUGUAUGUUAAUUCUUAUGUAAAAAAAGUUGCAUCAAAGACAAGUAAGAAAUACUAUUAUGAUAAUUCAGAAGAUAAAUAUAAUGAUAAAAUGCGACGAAAUGAAAAAAAUGAUAUUUUUGUUUCUCCAAAUAUUGGAACAGUAGAAGGAAGAACUAACUUAAGAGAAAGAAGAAAAGUAUAUAAUUAUGCUGAAAUUGAUAAUUAUUUUGAAACUGAUGAAGAAGACAAAAAAAUAGAUGAAGAAAAAUAUUUGUUAAAACAAGAAAAACAAAGUAUGGGAGGAAUAGAUAAAGUAUUAUGUCACAGAAAAAUAAUAGAUUAUAAUAAUUUAAAUAAUAUUGCUAACAAUCCAUUUUUAUAUAUAAAUAAGAAAAAAAAAUUAGGAACAUAUCAAAAUGAUAAUAAUGAAAGUGGAAGCUCAAAUAUAAAUAAUGAAAAUGAAAAAGAAAGUACGAAUAAUGUAAAUGAAAAUGAAAACAAUAAUGAAAAUUUAAGCAAUAGUGAUCCAUCUAAUGACAAUAAAUUAUCAAAUAUGGAAAAUGAUGAUAAUGCUAUUGAUGAAUAUUAUGAAGAAGAAGAUAUAGUAGAUAUAAAUGAGGUUGAAUUUUUAAUAAAAUGGAUUGGUAAAUCUCACAUUCAUAAUUUUUUUUGUACCUAUGAAUAUUUAAAAAAUUUUAAUGGAUUAAAGAAAGUAGAUAAUUAUAUUAAAAAAAUAAAACAAUCUUUUCAAAAAAGAAAAUACAUGACUCCAGAUGAAAUAGAACAAGAAAAAAUUUAUUCAGAAAUAAAAAAACAAAUAGAAAUGGAUGCAAUUCAUGCGGAAAGAAUAGUAACCCACGAUAUAAAUGAAAACACUAACGAACAAAUAUUCUUAGUGAAGUGGAUGAGUUGUUCAUAUGAUCAAUGUACAGAAGAAACGAAACAAACAUUAAUUGAUCAUGGUUUUGAAAAAUUAAUUGAAGAAUAUUAUGACAGAGAAAGUAAAAUAUGCGGAAGUAAAGCAAUGUCAAGUAUUUGGAACAGAGGUCCUUUAACAGCUACAAAAUUUGAUCCAUAUAAUGAAACUCCAUUUUAUUUAAACAAUAAGAAAUUAAGACCAUAUCAAUUAACAGGACUUAAUUGGAUCGUUAGUAGAAUGAAGAGAAAUUUAAGUGUAUUAUUAGCAGAUGAAAUGGGUUUGGGUAAAACUGUUCAAACAAUAGCUGUUAUUGGUCAUAUGUUAUAUAAAGAAAAAUUAAUAGGCCCAUAUUUAAUUAUUGUACCACAAUCCACUGUUGAUAACUGGUUAAACGAAUUCAAAAGUUGGUUACCACAAGCAAAUGUUGUAUGUUAUCAUGGAAAUGCAGUUAGCAGAGAAUUAAUCAGAACAUAUGAAUUAAAAAAAGUGUAUGUACCAAAUAAAGGAUAUAGAUAUAAAUUUGAUGUGUGCAUAACUACUCCUUCCAUUUUAAAUAGUAUAAACGACGUAGAAUUAUUAAAAAAAAUGCCAUGGCAAUUAAUGGUUGUUGAUGAAGCACAUCAAUUAAAAAAUAGACAAUCCAAAAGAUUUAUUGAAUUAAAACAAUUUAUGGCAGAAUCAAAACUUUUAUUAAGUGGAACCCCAUUGCAUAAUAAUUUAGAAGAAUUAUGGACAUUGUUACAUUUCUUGAAUCCACAACAAUAUACUUAUUAUGAAACCUUCCAAAAAAAAUAUAAUGAAAUUGAAAAUACUAGUUUAAUUGGAGAAGCGAAACAAAAACAAUUAAUACAACUACAGCACGAAUUGCACGAAGUUAUUUUAAGAAGAGUAAAAAAAGAUGUAGAAAAAUCACUUCCAAAUAAAGUGGAAAGAAUAUUAAGAGUUGAAUUAUCCCCUAUACAAAUUGAAUAUUAUAAAAACAUUUUAACAAAAAAUUAUGAACAGCUAGCUAAAGCAUCAGGAGGUGCAAAAAAUUCUUUGCAAAACAUAUGCAUGGAAUUAAAAAAAGUUUGUAACCAUCCAUUUUUAUGUUGUGAACCAGUGGACAAAGAUGAAUAUAGAGAAAGACUAGUUUAUUCCAGUGGAAAAAUAUGUUUAUUGGAAAAACUGUUAAAUAGGUUAAAAGAAAGAGGAAACCGUGUUUUAAUAUUUUCACAAAUGGUUAAAAUGUUAAAUAUUUUAAGUGAAUAUUUAACAUUAAGAGGUUUUAAGCAUCAAAGAUUAGAUGGAACUAUGACAAAAGAAAUGAGAAAAAAAGCUAUGAAUCAUUUCAAUAGUAAAAAUUCUGAUGAUUUUGUAUUUUUAUUAUCUACUAAAGCAGGUGGUUUAGGUAUAAAUUUAACAUCAGCAGAUACUGUUAUUAUAUAUGACUCUGAUUGGAAUCCACAAAAUGAUUUACAAGCAGGUGCCAGAGCACAUCGUAUAGGUCAAACAAAAACAGUGCAAAUUUAUCGUCUGGUUACAAAAGAUUCUAUUGAGCAAACUAUUUUAGAAAGAGCAAAAGUAAAAAUGGUAUUAGAUACUUUAGUUGUUCAAGGGUUAAAUAAAAAACAGAAUGAUAAUGUUAAUUAUAUUGGAGGAGAAGGUGGAAAUGCUAAUGGAUUUACAAGAGAAGAAUUAUCCAAAAUAUUGAAGUUUGGUGCACAAAAGUUAUGGGAACAAAAUAGUUCUAAAUAUUCACCUCAAAAAUUAGAUGAAGAAAAAAAUAUAAUAAAAGGAGUAGACGUAGAUCUGGAUAAAAUUUUAGAAGAAGCAGAAAUUAACGAAAAUGCUAGUAAUGCUAAUAUUUCAAAUAAGGAAUUAAAUUUUAAUUCAGAUUUAAAUGGUUUGCAAAAUUCCAGCAAUUUUUUUAAUAGUAGUAAUAAUUUAUUUGGAAAUACAAAUGCUUCAGGUACAACUGGCGGAGGAUUAGCAGAUGAUUUAUUAAGUUCUUAUAAUAAUAUUACUGAAUUUAAAUAUGAACCACCAGCAAAUCUAAAAAGUAAUAUAUACAAUGAUUCUACAAAAGCGGAUGAAAUAGAUGAAGAAGAAAAUGAUAAAGAUUUUUGGGAUAGAACUAUUCCUUUAGAAGAAAGACUAAAACUUAAGAGAAUGAAAGAAGAAGAAUUAUUGGUACAUGGGCCUAGAAAAACAAGAGCCAAAGAUAUGAAAAAUGUGAUGGAAAUGGAUAAUAGUAAUGCUAAUAAUUUGAAUGAUGAUGAUGAUAGUGAAGAAUAUACUAUUAAAUAUAAUGAUAAAAAUAAGAAUAUGAAAAAAAAAAGGAGAAGAAGAAGAACAGCUACUCAUAUCACUGAAAAAGAUAAAUUCCGUUUAUAUAGAUCCUUGUUAAAAUUUGGAAAUCCAUAUCUACGAUUGGAUGAUAUACAGGAGGACUCAAAAUUAAUUAAAGUUGAUAAAAAUGUUAUUCUAACAGAGUUGAAUAUUAUUGUAGAUACAUGUAAGCAAAUAGUUGAAAAAGUAUCAAAGGAAAAUAAUGAAAAAAAUGAAGAAAUAACUAAACUUGAUAAAUGCUCCACCGAAUGUAAUAAUGCUUCACUAAAAACAAAGGAGGAAGAGAAAAAUACAACUAUGGAUAAUAAUAAUAAUUUAACAACAAUUUCCUGCAACAAUUCAAAUAAUAAUAAAAAAGAUAUUAAUGAAGAAGACAAAAAUAAUGAAAAUGACAGCAAAAAUGAGGAUGAUAAUGAAAAUGAAAAUAGUAAUAUGAAAAUCGUGUCUUCUGACAAUUUAGAUAAAAAUAAAAAUGAUCAAGAAAAUAUUUUGGUAAAUAAUAAAGAACAAUCAGAUGAAACGAAAGAAAUAAUAGAAGAUGAAAAUCAGAAAUCGACUAAAGAAGAUAAUAUUAUUUCAGAAUACGUUAAAAAAGAAAUAAAUGAAGAAGAUACGAAGAAUGAAAAAAUUCAGGUAAAAAAUGAAGUAAAUAAUGAAGAAAAAGAAUUAACUGAUGAAGAAGAAAAAAAUGAAAUAGUGGAAAACAAUGAAGAAAAUCUUAAAGAUAACGAUAUUCUGAAGGAACAGAAGGAAGAAGAGAAUAAAAAUGGUAAAAUUACAAUAAAUAAAAAAAGAAGAGGUGGUAGCUUAUCAAGAGAUAACAUAAAAACAAAUGAAAAAAUAAAAGAGGAAAAUAACAGUGAAUUAGUUGAAGAAAUGGAUGAUCAAGCACUUGAUGGAUUAACUGUUAAAAACAAUUAUAAUUCUAAUGACGAAAGUGAUUUCAAUGCUAAAAUAAAGGGAUUAGAUAAAGGGAAGAGAAUAGAUGCAUAUACUUUUUUUAUAGGAACAAAUAGAGCAAAUGCAUUAGAUUUAUGUCAACGUUUAAAAUUAUUUAAAUGCUUACAUAAUUUUAUUAAAAAGCAAAAUAAUGAUAAUGAAUAUAGCUUUAAAUUACCAUUAAAAAAAAGUGUACUUGUAAAUGAGGAUAAAAAUCAAAAAAAUAAUAAAACUAAACAAAAAAAAGAAGAAGUAAACACAAUUACAUCUACAGAUUCUUCAAAUGAUUAUCUAAAAUUGAAAUUACCUGAUUGUAUAUUUUAUCAUUUAAGAGAUUUAACUUCAAAAGAUGUCAAAUCAUGGACACGAGAAGAUGACGAAAAUUUAAUCAGGGGAAUUUAUGUUUAUGGAUUUGGAUCAUUUAAUGAAAUUAGCUCAGAUGUAAAUUUAAAUUUAUCACAUUUGAAAAAUAUAAAGUGUGAUAAAGUUAAAAUGAGAUGCGUAAGAAUAUUAAAAUUGAUUGAAGAAAUGUACUCAAAAAAUAACGAUCAAACUAAUAGUAAAAAAAGAAGAAGAAUGAAAAUUAGAAGCAAUAAAAAUGAAUCAAAAAAUCAAUUAAAAAUUAGCAAUUUUACAAAAUCUGAAGAAAGUAAUAUUAAUAAAGUAAACAAUAAACAGGGAUAUAACAAAAAAAAUCAAAGUAAAAUGAAAUCUGUACAUUUACAUCAAGAAAAUGAAAUAAUAACAAAAGAAGAAGGAGACACAAAAAAAGAAGAAAAUGAUAAUAUGAACGAUAGUGAAUAUGUUAGUAAUAGCAUGAUAUCAACACAAGAAAAGAAAAAAGUUAAAUCAACAAUAUUAUUAAACGACGAUAAUAAAGAAAAAAAUAAUAAUUCUAAUUAUGACUCAUCCGCUUGUUCUUCAUCUAAUGAAAAUAAAAGUAAUUGUGAUAAAGACGAUGAAGGUAAUAUAAAAGAUUAUCAUGAGGGUAAUAAAUUUUUAUAUGAUGAAAAUAAAAAAAAAAAAAAAAAAAAAAGAAAAAUUCACAAGGAUAGCGAUACGAAUGUAGAAAAUGAAAUAGCGCAAUCAAACGAAGAUUUAGAAGAUGAUGAAUAUGAAGACGAGGAAGAUGAUGAUAAAAAGAGAGAAAAAAAAAAUUUUAAGAAGAAAAGAAAAAGAAAAAUGUUAGACCACGAAAUUGAAUAUAAAAUAAAAAAUUGUAAUCUGAAAGAAAUGGAUCAAUAUAGUAUAAAUAAAUUAGCAAAAAAAUCUGUAAAAAAAUACAAAAAAUUAUUGAAAGUUGUAAAAAAAGUGUUAUCUAGUGAGACGCUUGAAGAUGAAAAAAUUAUGACAUCAUCUGAUGUUACUAAUAAAGUUGAUGAACUCAUUAUUUUUAUUGGUAGACAUGUUGAAAAAUUAUCUGAAGAAUGUCAAGAUAAUGAAUGUAAAGAAAUUUUUAACAAUUCCUGUUGGGGAUAUAUUUCAAAAUUUAUCAGUAAUGGUAAUGAAGAUCUAAAAGAAAAAUAUAAACAGCUAAAAUUAUCUAAUAUAAAGGACAACAUAUCAGAAGAAGACUUAUCAUCUUUUUUUUAUUCAAAAAAAACUUCUACUUUAAAUUCGUUUGAUCAAGAAGAAAUUAAAACAGAGCAGUCAUCUACGACUAACCACGAAUUAUUAGGAAAUAUAAUUACAAAUGAAAAUGAAAAAACAAAACAAUUACCAUGUGAUGUAGAUAAGGAUUUAUUAGAUACAAAUGAAUAUAAUGAAAUACCUACGAAAAACACAGAAGAAAUAGAAGAAAAAAAGAAAAAUGAAUUGAAUGAAAAAGAAAAAUGUUCAAAUAAACAAAAUGAAACAGAAAACGUAAAUUCCGAAAAUCUUAGUUGA